GCUAUAGUAAUAGGUGGUUAUGAGCCAUGGGGGCUGGGAAACUGAACGUGGGUCCACAGGAGCAGCAAGCACUUAACCACUGAGCCCUCUGCCAGCUCCCUUCCCCCUCUACGCUUUCUUUUUAAACCAGCAUCUAUUAAUUAUAUAAAAGUGGUUUCAUAUUCUGAUCAUAUUUACCCUCUUAUCCCCCCAACUCCCAAUGAACCCCCUCUGCUCCCCAACAAGCCCCCCUCCCACGUUAUGUGGAUGUUUGUUGUUUGCUGAGAUGAGGUCUCAUUCAUUAUGUGACUGUCCUGGAACUCACUAUGUAGACCUGGCUGACCUCAAAUUCACAGAUACACCUGCCUCUGCCUCCUAAGUGCUGGAAUUAAAGGCACCACCAUGUCCUUGUGUGCGUGUAAAUGUGUAUAUGUCCUCCUGAACUCAGAGUUGCUUGUGUGAAUGGGAGGUUAUUUCCAAGAACAUGGGCAGUCUACCAGUGGCUAGCUACAACACUAAAGAAAAAGGGCUUGCCCUUCUCCAGCAACCAUUAACUGCCAGUGACUCCACAUAAUGGGUGGGGCCUUGUGAGCCCCUCCCCCAGCAACCGUUAACUGCCCAUGGAAGGAGUGGGGGCCUCAUGAGUCCCUCAUUUUUUUUAAGAUAGGGUCCUACUAUGUAGCCCAGGCUGAUCUUGAACUUGAGAUCCUCCUGCUCUGUUCCCACUGUGAAUACUGGGAUCACAGGCAUGCACAGCCAUAUCUGGCUCUGAAGUAUAUACUUCUUUGGACAACUUGUUUUUUUUUUUUUUUUUUUUAAACUUGAGACUAUAUAACUGAAAUGUUCUUUAGUUCUAACACCCGGUACAUGAGUACAUCGGCUUAACAGAAAUUUCGAUGAGUCUCAGAGGGUUUCUUAGUUUUAUAGCUAAUAGGUUUGGGCAUCAUCACUUGAUUCUCCCGAACCUGGUGCAAAUCUUACACUUUCAUCAUUCCUGCUCAGUUUCCUACUCUAGGUCCUGAUUUGCCAUAUCCUAACCAAAACUAUGAACCUAUGUUCCUGGGUUCUGUGACUGUAAAGUGAUGGAGGAGACAGGAGCCACUGAAGGACCAAGGACAAGACAGACAUUUCCUUCUGGGAGCAAUCAAGUUGCUGGCUUCCUAAGCACCGUGCCUUUGUUAUUCUGUAACCAGUGUUUUACUGUGCUCUGUUCCCACUGAGCAUUUACAGUGUCAAGAUAUGUCAUUCACUUUAUCCUACACUUUACAAAGCAUGUCGUCUCUACAAUAUGUGACGACCACUGUUUAUCGAAGGGAAGCCAGUGGCUUAAGCCAUAUAACAGCACGUUGAAUAAGGACUCCUCCCUGUUUCUAGUUCUAUGGCUAGAUCAUUAUACCACCCUGUCUCACAAACUCAGCUCUUGGUGUCCCAAAGCUUGUUUAAAUAGUUGACGAUGUCAUUCAGAGACAACCCGGAAAUCCUGAAGCGGGGCUAACUUAUGUUGGGAAAAGAGGCAGCUGCUUCUCAGCUCAUUUUUUUCACGUUUAUUCUGUCCUCUAUGCUCUAAAAGGAAAAUGAACCUAGGUUCCAAAGAGAAAGGGAGGGGGCAGUGUGAGCCACAGAAGGUAGGCAACCCCUGCUGAUUGGGAGGUACUCCCAGAAGGCUUCCCUUCUACAGUUGCCAAGCAACAAGUGUAAACAGGACAGGAUCAUGGCCACUAACUACAGUGCCAAUCAGUAUGAAAAGCCUUUCUUACCCAAGUACCUGCAGAACUGGUCUCCUGCCAAGCCAACAAAAGAGAGAAUAGCUACCCAUGAAGGUUACACUCAGAUUAUUGCCAACGACCGAGGUCACCUCUUGCCUUCAGUGCCCCGUUCCAAGGCGAGUCCUUGGGGAUCCUUCAUGGGCACCUGGCAAAUGCCCCUGAAGAUACCACCUGCCCGGGUGACCUUGACCUCCCGCACAACAGCUGCUGCCACCUCCCUUACCAACUGGAUACAGAAGAACCCUGAUCUACUGGCUGCCUCCAAUGGGCUUCGCCCUGAAAUCUUAGGCAAGCCCCACGACCCUGACAACCAAAAGAAACAGAAGAAAUCUGUCACAAAGACUGUACAGCAAGCAGAAAAUCCCACUAUAAUUCCCAGUUCCCCAGCUAUGGACGUCGACAACGAAGAUGAAACUCAAAGCUCACAUCCCUCUGCAGGUCACACGCCAGGUCCCUCAUCUCCAGUUAACUCUCCCAAGGCCCCACCUGCAAGCCCAUGUUAGAAUACCAAAUACGUAGGUCCUAGUCUAGCUGAGAUCAAGACAUGCAAAGCUGCAACUCUGCAGGGAAAGGGCCUGAGGUGACAUUUUAGGGACUGACUGGAAUAGUAAAACCCUGUAUUCAGAAACAUGGAGCAAAAAAAUGAUGGGCCAGGGAUAAAGGCAAAUUUGGGCGAAUAGAAUAAACAUUGUUUGUUAA